AUGACAACCAAGCCCCCUCGAAAAGUUACCGAUGUGCUACCGCAACUCAGCGACGACCUUUAUACCUACGGCAUUCGGGACGUCGUGAUCGAGUCUCUGAACGAAGCCGGCGAACCUUGCAUGAGAUUUGCGAAUGAUUAUCUCCGCUUGUCCCCUCAACUGAAGGAUCAAUUAUUCAAGGCCGAAGGAGUCCAGCGGAGAAAGCGGGACUUUCUUGAAUUUAUUCAAUUGCUUGUGCGGGAAUUGGGGGACGCGUUGGAGAUUCUUCCUGAGGAUGAGCAGGACGAACAGGACCAGAAUGAGGACCAUGACAACUGGCAUUCGAUGAAACCGCCGAAUCCUUCGACAGGUAUAUCAGUCAACCAACCAGCAAAACACCAGGACCAGAAGCAGCCAGCUAAGGCACCAUCGAGUAACUCUCCACCUACCAACGGGAACUCGGGCUUAAGCACCGGAAAGCCAGAUAUCAAUCCUCCACUGCGACAACAGCCGGACUCCGACACAGCUCAUAAUAACAACAGCAACGGUCAUUCCUCACUACCUUCUUCACCACCAGUCAAUGGACUGACAGUAAAAGAACACUAUCCCGAAUCACCUCCCCCGUCUUUGAACCCAAGUAGAUAUAGCCCGACACUUCAAAAAGACUCUCAACCUCCCCCUUCUUUCAGUCCCACGGGGAACAAACACCCGCCUCCUAACAACCCCGAGUCCGUGGCUGCUUUGGGCAUCCCUAGAGGUAGCCCCCAGCCAGUAUUGAACCCGGAGAAACAAAAAGAGACAUCGAGCGGGAUCAGUCCUGGACUUCCUAAAGAAUCAAACAUUGCUCCCCCGGCAUUGAAUCCGAAUAUGACAAAGCCUUCACCUUUGAACCCUAAAGGAAUCGAACCUACCCCAGGACUAAAUAACAAGGGAAGCAAAACAUUACCUGCUAGCAACCCUAACUCACCUCCUCUUGAUUUGAAGCCUACAUCAGCCGAACCUUCAUCUUCAGGCUUGAACGGCUACCCACGCAAACCCCCGCCUUUGAGCCAUGCGACUCCUUCUCCCUCCUUGAACUCUAAUACAACCAAGCUUCCACUUCCAAACAUCCCUGAUCAGCCUCCUCCUUCGACGCUAGAUGCGAAGGUUGACGUUCUUGAACCCCAAAAGAAGCCAAAGAAAACAUGGACUGGUCUCAGCGAUCCGAGUCAAAAUCCAGACCCGAAAACGCCGAGCAAUAGUCCUAAGAAACCAGAAGUUCAGCUCCGAACAGCAGAGGAGUACUACGAGUACCUUAAAUACUUCAUCGACAAGAACUUAGGCCCGUUCGAGUUCGAUGAGGUAAUGACCAAAGACCUGGCUACUCGGGCAAUGCAAGUCGCCAAACAGAUCAAAGACGACUAUGAGCUGUCGGACGAAGAGGUGGGGAAGAUGGCGAGGCUAUCUUUAUUUGAUAUUUUUAUCCUCUGCGAUAACAGCGGCUCCAUGAAAUUCGGCAACCGAGUCGAAACCCUCAAUAAGACCCUGCAGGGUGUAGCACAUUGGGCAACCCGCAUCGAAAAGGAUGGAAUCUCUCUCCGCUUCCUGAACCGGGUUAAGGACGGCGACGGCCGGUUCGACAACCUGACGGACCUGCAUAAAAUCGACGAUCUGAUCUGCAGUAUUCCCACUAAGGGCAACACGAGACUAGGGAACACCCUAGCAGGGAAAGUCAUCCAACCACUACUUCAGCGGGCGGAUAACCGGGCACAACAAGCGAGAGAUGGCGUGAAGCGCAGUCAGCAAGUGUGUAUUAAGCCGAGGAUUAUCUUCAUUAUCACGGAUGGACAACCGGAAGGAGAGCCGAAGAAUUGUCUCCGAGACCAGAUUCUGGAGGCGAAGAUGGGCAGGCUGGGGACAGCGUAUGGCUCUGCGGCGACGAUUUUCAUCAUUGCUCGUGUUGGACAAGAUAAUAGUGCGAUUGAAUUCAUCGAAAGUUUGAGUGAGGAUGAGCGGAUCAGCGGGCUGAUUCUUAGUGCGGCGGAUCGGUUGGAGGAUGUCAUUGAGAAACUUAUAGGAGAUGAGGAGAGCGAAAAAGACCGGAAUGCCUAUGAGAGAUAUCUGAUUAAGAUGUUCCUGUGCGCUGUUGACUGUCAGACCAAUCUAUGA